CCGCCCCGUCGUGACACCGGCACCGCCUCACGUCUCUGUGACGUCACGGCGCUGUCACUCUGCCCCACGUGACUCGGGCGUAGGGUCCUGCACUGUAGAGGUCGCAACUUGCAACCUCAAGCCAGGAGGCAGGCGCCUCUACUGUAUAUUUUCAGCCCGGGUAUGGUUUCCCAGAAAGGCAGGAUCAAGGACCAGGCUCAGAACUGUUUCCUUUCCGCUGGCCGACCUGAUCCCAACCAGGAUCCUGGUCCUGCGUGGUACUUACCCUGGAUCCCAGCUCACCGCGUCCUCGCUCCCCGUGCCAGCGGUUGGAACUCGGGAUGCCCGGCGUCUCCGCCCGGAGCCUCUCCCUCGAGGAGCGGAGGCAGCUAGCUGUGAACCUCACCCGCGUCCUGGCCCUGUACCGUUCCAUUCUGGACGCCUACAUCAUCGUGAGGCCACAGGGUCGUGGGCGGGCUGCUUCUGGUCGUGUGGUUGUCUGGGAGUUUUUCACAGACAACCUGUGGGGAACACUCCCUUGCUCAUGGCAGAAAGCGCUAGAUGGACUGGAGCCACCGGAGCUGGCUACACAGCUGCUGGGGAUGCCUGGAGAAGGGGAGGUAGUCAGGUACAGGUCUGUGUGGCCACUCACGCUGCUGGCCCUGAAGUCCACAGCCUAUGCCCUGACUUUUACACGGACACCCAGCUUUCAGACCCCCUCUGAGUUCCUGGAGAACCCCAGUCAGAGCUCCAGACUGACAGCUCCCUUCCGGAAACAUGUCAGGCCCAAGAAGCAGCAUGAGAUCCGCAGGCUAGGAGAGUUGGUGAAGAAGCUGAGUAACCUCACUGGCUGCACUCAGGUUGUGGACGUGGGCUCAGGCCAGGGCCAUCUUUCCCGCUUCAUGUCUCUGGGGCUGGGGCUGAUGGUGAAGAGCAUUGAAGGGGAUCAGAGACUGGUGGAGCGAGCACAGCGCCUGGACCAGGAGCUUCUGCAGGCUCUGGAAAAGAAAAGGAACCCACAGGUGGUCAAAAGGGGCCCUCACCACUGCCCCCAACAUGUGGUUCAGUGGGUUGACCCAACAGCCCUGUGUGAGGAACUUCUGCUUCCCCUGGAGAAGCCACAGCAGGGUGGUGACACUCGCUUGCUGCUGACGGGUCUCCACGCCUGUGGAGACUUGAGUGUAGCAUUGCUGAGGCACUUCUGCUGCUGUCCUGAGGUGGCAGCCCUGGCCUCAGUGGGCUGCUGCUACAUGAAGCUCAGUGAGCCUGGCAGCUACCCACUGAGCCAGUGGGUGGCUGGGCUGCCUGGUUGUGAACUGCCCUACAGACUCCGGGAGGGGGCCUGCCACGCCCUGGAGGACUAUGCUGAGCGGUUACAGAAAGCUGGCCCUGGCCUCCGAACCCACUGCUACCGUGCAGCACUGGAAACCGUCAUCCGACAUGCCCGACCUGAGCUCCGUCGCCCAGGCGUGCAGGGGAUCCCCAGGGUCCAUGAGCUCAAGAUUGAAGAAUAUGUGCAGCAGGGGUUACAGCGAGUGGGGCUGGAUCCCCAGCUGCCACUGAACCUAGCUGACCUUCGGGCUCACCAGGCCCAGGAGAACCGGGUGGUGGCCUUCUUCAGCCUGGCUCUCCUGCUUGCCCCACUGGUGGAAACACUGAUUCUGCUGGACCGGCUGCUCUACCUUCAGGAGCAAGGCUUCCAUGCUGAGCUCCUGCCCAUCUUCAACCCUGAACUGUCCCCUAGAAACCUGGUUCUGGUGGCUACCAAGAUGCCCCUGGGUCAGGCCUUCUCUGCUCUGGAGAGUGAAGACAGCUAACACAGCUCAAGGAAGAGGGUAUCAAAGAUCCCAUCUAAAACCACCAAGCACCAGAGGGGCAGAGUGCUCCUUUUCACCCAAAAAGCAGCACCCUGCACCCUCCCUCAGGUCCUUCAAGUUAACUCUGUAUCCUGCCAUGUGGUUUUCUUUUUAUUAAAUCUCAGAAGA